GCGCCAAAUUUUAGUUGCUUGAGGACUGGGAGAUCUGCUGUGGGUUUGUGCGGAGAGGAGAGAAAAAGAUUGACACAGAAAACCGAUAUUUGUAUUUUGUAUAUAACGAGUUUGCGGUUAUAUUCCACUGUGCAAGUGGUUGGUCACAUCGGUGAGGUAAUGUCACCAAGCCGUCUGUAGUGUUUUAUAGCUUUCUGUGUUUUUGGCCUAAAACAACAACAACAACAACUACUUUAUACUGAGUACGUACUGUAUUUUGUAGUCCGUUUAUAUUAAAUGAUGCAGUCCAGACCAGUAAGAGUCAAACUCAUACCGCUAAAGAAAAUGUAAACGUUCCUGCUUCUAGCUGGGUGUGGAAAGCUGCUGUUGCUGUAAUAGAGAAUGGGUCUCCUUGAGUGCUGUGAGGGGCUGUUUGGCACAAGCAACCUGUACCAGGUGCUUGGGGUGGAGAAGGAGGCGUCUGAGGCAGAGAUCCGCAGGGGCUACUACAAAGUCUCUCUCCAGGUUCACCCAGACAGGGUCCCGGACAAUGAGCAGGCCACAGAGAAAUUUCAGGUCCUUGGAAAGGUGUAUGCAAUAUUGAGUGACAAGGAGCAGAGGGCAGUAUAUGAUGAACAAGGCAUUGUGGACGAGGAAUCUGACACCCUGCGCCAGGACCGCUCGUGGGAUGAGUACUGGAGGCUGCUGUUCCCAAAGAUCACGGUGGAUGACAUCAAGGCGUUUGAGGCGAAGUAUAAGGGCUCAGAGGAGGAGGCCGCGGAUGUCCGGAAGAGCUACAUGGAUCACAAGGGGAAUAUGGACCGCAUCAUGGUGUCAGUACUGUGCUGCACCUACGAGGAUGAGCCUCGGAUCCGGGAGAUCAUUGAGAAAGCCAUCGCUGCAGGAGAGCUCCCAGCCUUCGACGCUUUCACAAAUGAGCCAGAGAAAAAGAAGGCGGCCAGAAAAAGACAGGCUAACAGGGAGAAAAGAGAAGCAGAGAAAAUGACAAAGGACAUGGGGUUAGCCGAUGAUGAGGACUCCCUGAAAGCACUUAUUCAGAAGAGGCAGAAAUCUCGUGAACAGGAGACAGACUCGUUUCUGGCAGACCUGGAAGCAAAAUAUUGCAAGAAAGGAGGGAAGGGAAGAGCUGGAAAGAAAGGGAAGAAAUGAAAACUUGUUAAGAGCACUUUGUAAAUAGUUAAAAAGAAAAAUAUUAAAAAGAAAAACUUUUUUUUUUGACCUUGUUACAUAAAGGAGCACUUUCCCCCUCCAUGUGGUGGUGCCCAAUAAAUAAUUAUGCGACAUACAACUUUUCUUGUUCUUUAUAAUGACUUCUCUGCAUAUUUUGACAGAGAUGCAGUCUCAAGUGUUAGUGUUCAGAGCUACUGAUAAUUGUAUUUGUGUAUACAUGUUUCUCUUUGUUCAGUUAUAGUUUUUAUAAAGUGUCCUGUUUUCAUA